ACGACGGCCGCCAUGUUGGAUGUCAGAUUUGGAACGGCGGUGCUGGCUCUGCGUCAGUUGGUCAGUGCGCGGAUGAGCGAAUCGAGAGUUUUCGGGUGAGGUUCGCACUAAGCAACUGUCGAGUCCCGCUCGAAGUACAUCCGGGCUCGCCCUCAAGCUCGAGCUCGCACUACCGAGCCCUUUAACAUCGAAUUAGCGCGGAAAGACCGGCUCGAAAAUGACGUCAAUACUGCCCAUAAGGUUUCAGGAACAUCUUCAGUUGACAGCUGUGGGUAUCAGUGCUAGUAGUGUCAGCUUUAAUACGCUGACAAUGGAAUCGGAUAAAUUUAUCUGUGUUCGAGAAAAGGUUGGAGAUACCGCCCAAGUUGUCAUUAUAGACAUGAAUGACUCCGCUAACCCAAUCAGGAGACCAAUUUCUGCCGAUUCAGCGAUUAUGAACCCCGCCAGUAAGGUUAUUGCACUCAAAGCUCAGAAGACUCUGCAGAUUUUUAACAUUGAAAUGAAGUCGAAAAUGAAGGCGCAUACAAUGACUGAAGACGUCGUAUUUUGGAAGUGGAUUUCCUUGAAUACUUUGGCAUUAGUGACCGAAACUGCAGUCUAUCAUUGGUCCAUGGAAGGAGACUCAACUCCACAUAAAAUGUUCGAUCGUCACUCAUCGUUAAAUGGCUGUCAGAUAAUAAACUACAGAACUGAUCCGAAACAAACUUGGCUUUUGCUCAUCGGGAUCUCUGCGCAGCACAGCAGAGUUGUUGGAGCAAUGCAGCUUUAUUCCGUAGAACGAAAGUGCUCACAGCCUAUCGAAGGACAUGCAGCUUCUUUUGCACAGUUUAAGAUGGAGGGAAACGCAGAGCCUAGCAAUCUCUUCUGCUUUGCCGUCAGAACUGUUCAAGGUGCUAAGCUGCAUAUCAUCGAAGUUGGUCAGCCUCCUGCUGGUAACCAACCAUUCCCUAAGAAGGCAGUGGAUGUGUUUUUCCCCACCGAAGCAGGAAAUGACUUCCCAGUUGCGAUGCAAGUCAGCUCCAAAUACGAUGUCAUUUACCUAAUAACAAAAUAUGGUUACAUACACAUGUACGACAUUGAAUCGGCAACUUGCAUAUUUAUGAAUCGCAUCUCAGUGGAAACGAUUUUCGUGACAGCCCCUCAUGAGGCUUCCGGGGGUAUAAUUGGGGUGAACCGAAAGGGUCAAGUUUUAUCAGUUUCCGUUGAUGAGGAAAAUAUAGUACCGUACAUCACUGGAGUUUUGCAAAAUCCUGAAUUGGCUUUAAGAUUGGCUGUUAGAAAUAAUCUGUCCGGUGCAGAGGAUUUAUUUGUCAGGAAGUUCAACAUACUAUUUCAAAAUGGACAGUAUGCCGAGGCUGCCAAAGUUGCAGCAAACGCACCCAAGGGAAUUCUUAGAACUCCUGCCACCAUCCAACGUUUCCAACAGGUCCCAGCUACUCAGGGACAAACCUCUCCACUGUUGCAAUAUUUUGGAAUCCUGCUCGAUCAAGGUCAGUUGAACAAGUAUGAGUCCUUGGAACUGUGUCGUCCUGUAUUGAUUCAAGGACGAAAACAACUUUUGGAAAAGUGGCUAAAGGAGGAUAAGCUCGAAUGCAGCGAAGAACUGGGAGAUUUAGUUAAACAAGCUGAUCCUACUCUUGCUCUAAGUGUCUACCUAAGGGCUAACGUUCCGAACAAAGUAAUCCAGUGCUUCGCAGAGACUGGUCAAUUCCAGAAGAUUGUUCUCUAUGCCACGAAAGUCUCUUACACACCGGACUAUAUAUUUUUGUUGAGGAAUGUUAUGAGGAUCAACCCCGAUCAAGGUGUGGCCUUUGCUCAGAUGCUGGUACAAGAUGAUGAACCUUUAGCCGACAUUAAUCAGAUUGUCGACAUAUUUAUGGAGCAAAACAUGGUGCAACAAUGUACAGCGUUUUUGUUGGACGCUUUGAAGAAUAAUCGAGCGAGUGAGGGUGCGCUCCAGACACGGCUUUUGGAAAUGAACUUGAUGUCUGCUCCACAAGUUGCCGACGCCAUAUUAGGCAAUCAAAUGUUUACUCAUUAUGAUAGAGCACACGUUGCCCAGCUGUGUGAGAAAGCGGGAUUGUUACAACGUGCCUUGGAACACUAUACUGAUUUAUAUGACAUUAAGAGAGCCGUUGUCCACACUCAUUUGCUCUCACCAGAGUGGUUGGUAGGAUUCUUCGGAACACUGUCCGUUGAAGACUCCUUGGAAUGCUUGAAAGCGAUGUUGACUGCUAACAUAAGACAGAAUUUGCAGAUAUGUGUACAGAUUGCGACAAAAUAUCAUGAACAACUGACUACGAAGGCCCUUAUAGAUCUCUUUGAAAGCUUCAAAUCUUAUGAAGGUUUGUUCUAUUUCCUCGGUUCGAUUGUCAACUUUAGCCAGGAUCAAGAAGUACACUUUAAGUACAUUCAAGCUGCUUGUAAGAUUGGUCAAAUCAAAGAAGUGGAGAGAAUCUGUCGCGAGAGUAAUUGCUAUAAUCCGGAACGAGUAAAGAACUUUUUGAAGGAGGCGAAAUUAUCCGACCAGCUUCCUUUGAUUAUUGUUUGUGAUCGGUUUGACUUUGUUCACGAUCUUGUUCUGUAUCUAUACAGAAACAACUUGCAAAAGUAUAUUGAAAUAUAUGUGCAAAAGGUGAAUCCAUCUCGAUUGCCCGUCGUUGUUGGUGGGUUAUUGGACGUUGAUUGUUCAGAAGACAUUAUAAAAAAUCUGAUCCUGGUUGUGCGUGGACAGUUCUCUACCGAUGAACUUGUAGAAGAAGUCGAAAAACGUAAUCGUCUUAAACUUCUUUUGCCGUGGCUUGAAUCUCGUGUUCACGAAGGUUGUAGCGAGCCCGCCACGCAUAAUGCGUUGGCAAAGAUUUAUAUUGACAGCAACAAUAAUCCUGAACGAUUUCUCAAGGAGAAUCAGUUUUAUGACAGUAGAGUCGUUGGGAAGUACUGCGAGAAACGUGACCCUCACUUGGCUUGCAUUGCAUACGAACGUGGUCAAUGUGAUCGCGAAUUGAUUAGCGUGUGCAAUGAAAACAGUCUUUUCAAAAGUGAGGCAAGAUAUUUGGUACGACGACGGGAUCCCGACCUCUGGGCUGAAGUUCUUCUUGAGAGCAAUCCUUACAAAAGACCGUUGAUUGAUCAGGUAGUGCAGACAGCAUUAUCGGAGACUCAGGACCCUGAAGACAUCUCCGUAACUGUAAAGGCUUUCAUGACAGCAGACUUGCCCAAUGAAUUGAUCGAGCUCCUCGAAAAAAUAGUACUAGAUAGCAGUGUUUUCAGUGACCAUCGCAACUUGCAAAACCUUUUAAUCCUGACGGCCAUAAAGGCGGACCGUACACGCGUCAUGGAGUACAUUAACAGGUUGGAUAACUACGAUGCCCCCGACAUUGCGAAUAUUGCUAUUAAUAAUGAACUGUACGAGGAAGCUUUCGCGAUUUUCAAAAAGUUUGACGUGAAUACUUCAGCCAUUCAAGUGCUCAUCGAGCAAGUCAACAACUUGGACAGAGCCUAUGAAUUCGCCGAGAGGUGUAACGAGCCUGCCGUUUGGUCCCAACUGGCAAGAGCACAAUUGCAACAAGGUUUGGUCAAAGAAGCCAUCGACAGCUUCAUAAAGGCCGACGAUCCGUCCGCCUACGUCGACGUGGUAGAAACUGCACACAGGACCUCCCAUUGGGAAGAUUUGGUUAGAUACUUGCAAAUGGCUCGUAAGAAAGCGCGUGAGUCCUUUAUCGAGAGCGAAUUGAUCUACGCAUACGCUCGCACCAGCAGACUCGCCGAUCUCGAGGAAUUCAUCUCUGGGCCCAAUCACGCCGACAUACAGAAGAUAGGCGACCGAUGUUUCGAAGACAAGAUGUACGACGCAGCUAAACUCUUGUACAACAACGUGUCUAAUUUCGCUCGAUUGGCGAUAACGCUGGUCCAUUUGAAGGAGUUUCAGGGUGCCGUUGAUAGCGCGCGCAAAGCUAAUUCAACUCGCACGUGGAAAGAAGUCUGCUUUGCUUGCGUUGACAGUGGAGAGUUCAGAUUAGCACAAAUGUGCGGACUGCACAUAGUCGUACAUGCUGACGAGCUGGAAGACUUAAUCAAUUAUUAUCAGGAUCGGGGACACUUUGAGGAACUCAUCAACCUACUAGAAGCUGCGCUGGGUCUUGAGAGAGCUCACAUGGGCAUGUUCACAGAACUUGCCAUACUGUAUAGCAAGUACAAACCUCAAAGGAUGAGAGAGCACCUAGAGUUGUUUUGGUCCCGCGUCAACAUACCAAAGGUUCUUCGUGCAGCUGAGCAAGCACAUUUAUGGGCAGAGCUGGUGUUUCUGUACGAUAAAUAUGAAGAGUACGAUAAUGCUGUACUGGCUAUGAUGCAGCAUCCUACGGAAGCAUGGCGCGAAGGCCACUUUAAAGAUGUCAUCACUAAAGUCGCGAACGUCGAGCUGUAUUACAAGGCAAUUCAAUUUUAUGUGGAGUUUAAACCUCUUUUGUUAAACGACAUAUUGCUGGUACUUGCACCUCGAAUGGAUCAUACAAGGGCGGUGGCGUACUUCACUCGUACGGGUCACCUUCAAUUGGUGAAGCCCUAUUUAAGAUCGGUCCAAGCAUUGAACAACAAAGCUAUUAACGAAGCUCUCAACGGGCUACUCAUAGACGAAGAGGAUUACCAGGGUCUCCGAACCUCGAUCGAUGCUUUCGAUAACUUUGAUAACAUUGCCCUGGCCCAGCAAUUGGAGAAACACGAACUCAUUGAAUUCAGAAGAAUUGCUGCGUAUUUAUACAAGGGCAAUAACAGGUGGAAGCAAUCCGUGGAGCUUUGUAAAAAGGACAGGCUGUUCCGUGACGCGAUGGAAUACGCGGCGGAAUCGCGCAAUGCGGAGGUAGCCGAAGAGUUACUGGAGUGGUUUUUGGAAAGGGGCUCGAAGGAUUGUUUCGCAGCUUGCCUGUUCCACUGUUACGAUUUGCUUCACCCCGAUGUAAUAUUAGAGCUCGCUUGGAGACAUCGCAUUCUACACUUCGCAAUGCCUUACCUAAUCCAAGUAGCACGGGAAUAUAUUACUAAGGUCGAUAAACUCGAAGAAGCAGAAAGUCGUCGCAUCGAGGAAACUGAUCAUCAAGAACAUAAACCAAUGAUCAUGCCGGAGCCUCAGCUGAUGUUGACCGCUGGUCCUGGCAUGAUGGCUCCAGGUUAUGCACCGCAGAAUGUUUAUGCAGCCCCUACGCAGAGUGUCUAUGCGCCAGCGGCAGCAACAGCGGCAGCGUAUCAAGGUUAUGGCAUGUGAGAUGCACUGUACGGCGCACUCGUAUGCGGAUGCUGUAUACAGCGCAUCGUAUACCAGCAUCGAUCAGCAAUACCUCCUUUUCUAUACGAUCGAGGUAGAGCGAAGUUGUCUCGUUAGUACGUAGGUGUAAUUAACUGCCUGAAGAGUUUCGUUGUAGGGCGGAUACUUUUUUGCUUGGUCCGCUUAAGAAGGAGAGGAGAAAAACAAAGAAAUGCUGACAAUAGACGCGGGAAAGAGACUAACAUUGACCUGCAGACAUAUGGAGUCGUCAGUUUUCUGGAAAUGAGAUGGCAAGCGAGAAAACCCCUGAUCGGUUAAUCCCGACCACUACGGUAUCUUUUGAAACACCUCAGGCGAACUCUGUACACAUCUAUGAUAUUCCUCCGAAUAUUCACAGUUUCCUCGUGGCGUAGCACUAUGAAGAAUUAUGUAUAAAGGAUUACAUCGCGCAUUCUAGUACACUUAGAGUAUAUCUAUUAACGGGGGAGACGAAUAUCUCGCCAUAGUUUACGUCUGUUUUCCGACCUAGCGAAAAUUCGGCUUCGCGCUGAGUUCGAGUUCUCAAUGUUUCAUUGUAGAGGUUGCACGAUGCAAGAACGAUUAAAUUCAUCAACCUGAGUGUAUGAAAGAUUGUUCUCGCGUUAUUUUUUCUUUUACAUCAGUGGCGUGGCGGUAUUGAAUUUUGUUUUAUAGGACAGGGUGAUCCAUCUUCAUUUUAAUCGUGUAUGAGCGUUGGUGAACGUGCCUCGACGUCGAGAAAAAAAAGAACAUUGUACACCGUUUACGUGUAAUCUUUUUUUUUCGUGCAUCGCCCGUUAGGAUUUUGUUCAGCUUCUCGUUUGCCGUGUUUUGGGAUGAACGCUAAGUCGUUAGCGUUAAUGCCGUACGAGAUUCGGAUUCGAACGAGCCGGGAUAGCGAACUGUUGAUUAUUUUAGAAAUUACUUUGUCGGGUCCUAAUAUAUUCGCAUAAUAUAAUUAAUCAUUGAUUUUGUUUUUAUUUAAUUUAUGUGGCUUUCACCUAUUUCCUUAAAUAGUUGUUAAUUCGUCGUCAAGCUUCGUUUGAACACUGGGAAAAAGGAAAGUGCAAUUUGAUAAUAUUACACUUGGCCUUUGUUAGAGCCGAUGUCAUCAGUUGUUUCUUUGAAUUUCUUAUUGCGCUUCUUUGUAUAUAUUAUACUGUUGUGCCUAUUUAAUCAUGCAAAUCUACGGUCAGUCAAUUAAAUAUUUUAUAUUGAAUCUGAUCAUAAUAAAUACCGAUAUUACUUAAUUGGCUCACGAAGCCAUGUUCAAGAUAAUUGACCGUUCGCUGUUCUGAAUGGAACGUCACGUGAAAGGGAGCCUGUAUUACUUAUAAAAAAAAAAAAAGUUACGCUAUUGCCGUACGUUAGUGGCAUAACGUCCCAUGUGAAAUUGUUCUGUUGCGUACAACCCUCGUUAUGCAGUCCAUUCUGUAUAUUAUGUUUAACAGUGCGAGAAUAUGUUUUGCGUUAGUAUCAUUUACAGUAAAAUAAUUCAUACGGAAUGAAGAUGCUUCGGCGUAUCGUCUGUAAAUUGUUGUUACUAUGAGGUGUAAAAAAUUUACUGAAAAUGAACGUUGGUGUUCAGUGCUGUCAUUUUUGUUACUCGUACUUCAUAAUAGAUUUGUAAAUUUGGUCAAGUUUUCGGUUAGGUCCUGCUUUCGUAUGUUCCCGUCUUUAAACGACAGUAGCAUGUCCAUUCCGUAUUUCGAGAUCACAGUAAAUUUGUAGCUUAGUUGUAAAUGUUAAUUAAACGUGUUCUAACUUGACCGCUCAGUGUGCGAAAACAUGAAACAUUCCCAAAAAAUACUGCAUCAGUUCUCAUCAUAAUUUUCUACAUUUCUCUCCUAAUUCCCAAAACUCGAUCAAGGAAUAUAUAAAAUGCUAUGAAGUAUAUAAACAGAUCGCAGACUGGAAGAAUCUUGUUUUGACCCUGUACGCAUGUUAUUACUGUAUCAAUAUUCCGAUUAUUUGAAUAUUAUGAAUUGAAUUAUUAUUAAUAUUAUUGAAUAUUAAAUAUGCAACCUAUGCGUACACAGAGUUGGGGUAAUUAUUAUAUAUAUAUAUUAAUGAAUGAAUAUAUCAUUAUAUAUUAUAUUGUAUUAAUAAUUAAUGUAACUUGAAUGUAGGAGGCAUAUAUACUAGUACAGUACGAAUGAGUUCGAGACGAAAGAAUAAAGAAGUAAAUAGGCUAUUGAUCAUUAACUAACUCGAAUGAAGAGUGUAAAAUGAGAUCGCAUUCUAUUGUUUUUGUUGUAAGAUAUAAUGGAUGUGCCGAAAUGCUACAAAACGUUUAAAAUAAAUGCAAACAUGUUUGAUGGGC